AUGAGGAAGAGUGAUUCAGACUUCAAAGAGUUUCACUUAUCUGCUUUUGCUCGCUCGGGUCCGGCGGUCUCCGGUAUCCGUCCAGAGGAAAAAGAAGGCAUUAUUGUACUUUCAUGCUAUACGCAAAAUGAUACUCUAGUGUUUCUAGAUGCUAAAGAGGAAGAGGUUGAAAACCUUCUCAUCAUUUUACAGAUAUUUGAAGCAAUGACAGGGCUGAAGGUGAAUUUAUCCAAAAGUUCAACCCUCAGUGUUGGAGCAGAUGACAAAAUUCAGGAAAUGGCUGAGAUUCUUAACUGUGGAAUUGAACAAUUACCUCUUAAAUACCUUGGGCUUCAAGUAGGUGCCAAUAGUAGAAAUGCUUCAAUAUGGGAUGUGGUUAUAGAGAAAUUCCAAAAAAAGUUGGCAUUAUGGAAGAGAAGGUUCUUCACAAAAGCUGGGAGGGUGACUUUGAUAAAAUCUACAUUAUCUAGUCUACCCAUAUAUUUUCUCUCAAUAUUUACUAUGCCAGCAAAGGUGGAGCAGAAACUGACUCAAAUCAUGAGAGCUUUUAUCUGGGGAUCUUCUAUUGAAAAAAGGAAAAUUAACUGGAUUUGA